AUGCGGUGCUGCCUUUCCCUUCCUGGAAAGCUGGGAGCAACUACAGGGAGUGAAUUCACAUCUCAACAGCUGCGUGGAAAGGAAGUCAGGAAGUCGUCCACGGGGUGGGCGCGCAGAGCGCAGGAAGCACCGCCUCCCUUCCUGCAGUCUUUGUUCUGUUCUGAGAGCAGAACACUGCACUGCACUGCGGGAUUCGAAAAGAAGGCUGAGCAAACGUUUAAGUGUGGGGAAUCUGAGGCUGUUCAGCUGGGCCAUCCUGCAGAAGAACCCAUCCUCGCCUGUAUCGCAUUCCAGGUGAUCCUCGUUGGCAUUCUUAAGAGCGCGCCCUGUCUCGUGAGCUUUAACAUCCUGGUGGAAGAUGAAAUGAGGCUUUUCCCUGUCGAAGUAGAGAUAAUUGAUAUUAACGACAACACCCCCCAAUUCCAGUUAGAAGAGCUGGAAUUAAAAAUGAGUGAAAUAACGACUCCAGGUACCAGGAUCCCCCUGCCCCUUGGGCAAGACCUUGAUGUGGGAAUAAACUCACUUCAGAGCUACCAGCUAAGCGCCAACCCUCACUUCUUCCUGGAUGUGCAACAGGGACCUGAAGGACCACAACAGCCAGAGAUGGUACUGCAGAGCCCCCUAGACAGAGAAAAAGAUGCUAUCCACUACCUUGUCCUCACUGCCUCUGAUGGGGGUAACCCAGUACACUCGGGAACUCUGCAAAUUCGUGUUCAGGUGGUAGAUGUGAACGACAACCCACCUUCAUUUACUCAGGCAGAGUACCACGUGAGUGUCCCUGAGAACGUCCCAUUAGGCACUCGGCUGCUCAAGGUGAAUGCUACUGACCCGGAUGAGGGAGCUAAUGGCAAAGUAACAUACUCUUUUCAUAACGUAGACCACAGUGUGGCCGGGAAAUUUCAUUUGGAUUCUUACACAGGAGAAAUAACAAAUGAAGAACCACUAGAUUUUGAGGAAUACAAAGUUUAUCCGAUGGAAAUUCAAGCACAGGAUGGUGCUGGACUCAUGGCUAGAGCUAAGGUGCUGGUCACUGUUUUGGAUGUUAAUGAUAAUUCCCCAGAAGUUGGGAUCACCUCUGUCACUACCGAAGUGCCAGAAAACUUUCCUCCUGGGACCAUAAUUGCUCUUAUCAGUGUGCACGAUCAAGAUGCCGGUAACAAUGGUCACACCACAUGUUCCAUUCCUGGAAACCUACCCUUUAAACUGGAAAAGUUAGUCGACAAUUAUUACCGCUUGGUAACAGAAAGAACACUGGACAGGGAACAUAGCUCUGGACACAACAUCACAAUAACAGCAACAGAUCAGGGAACUCCGCCCCUAUCUACCCAAGCUCACAUCUCACUGCUAGUGACAGAUAUCAAUGACAACCCUCCAGUUUUUGAACAGGACUCCUACUCUGUCUACAUUCCCGAAAAUAACCCCAGAGGGGCUUCCAUCUUCUCUGUAAAGGCCCAGGAUGCUGACCACAAUGAGAAUGCACUAGUGACUUACUCCCUGGUGGAAGACACUAUUCAGGGAGUGCCUUUGUCUUCUUACUUCUCCAUCAACUCUGACACUGGAGUUGUCUAUGCAUUGCAAUCCUUUGACUAUGAGCAGUUUCGAGAUUUGCAGCUAAGAGUGAUGGCUCGUGACAGUGGGAACCCACAACUCAGCAGCAAUGUAUCCUUGAGUCUGUUCAUGAUAGAUCAGAAUGACAAUGCCCCAGAAAUCCUGUACCCUGUCCUCCCCAAAGAUGGCUCCACUGGUGUGGAACUAGCACCACGGUCUGCCGAACCUGGUUACCUGGUGACCAAGGUGGUAGCAGUGGACAAAGACUCGGGACAGAAUGCCUGGCUAUCUUACCGUCUGCUCAAGGCCAGUGAACCAGGUCUCUUCUCAGUGGGACUGCACACAGGCGAGGUUCGCACUGCCCGGGCCCUGCUGGACAGAGAUGCUCUGAAACAGAGCCUAGUGGUAACUGUACAGGACCACGGCCAGCCUCCUCUGUCUACCACAGUCACAUUCACCAUAGCAGUGGCUGACAGCAUUCCUGAACUCCUGGCUGACCUGGGCAGCACUGGGACCACUGCCGAUCCCCAGGGUUCAGAUCUCACACUCUACCUGGUGGUGGCAGUGGCUGCAGUCUCCUGCAUCUUCCUAGCCUUUGUCAUCAUACUCUUGACGCUCAAACUGCGACAGUGGUACUCUUCACGCUUGCUCCAGACUUCGGCAAACAGAUUGACUGACAUUCCUGCCUCAAACUUUAUAGGUGUUGAUGGGGUACAUGCAUUUCUACAGACCUAUUCCCACGAGAUCUCACUCACUGCUGACUCUCAAAAGAGCCACCUGAUCUUCCCACAGCCCAACUAUGCAGACACACUCAUCAGCCAAGAGAGCUGUGAGAAAAGGGAAUUUCUGUCGGCACCCCAGUCUCUGCUUGAAGAUAAAGAGGAAAUAUUUUCUCAGGUAAACUUGUAAUGACCUUAUAAGUUAUAUUGAUGAUGAAAAUAAUUCAUGUCUGUACAUACUUGCUUUCUCUAUUUUCUGUAAAAGGUAUAUUCCAUUAUACCCCAGGAGUGGUUAGGUGUGUUUAUUUUUGCUUCAUGCUGCUGGGGAUUAAACAUAAAGGCUUAUGAAUACUAGGUGAGUGCUACCAUUUUGAGACAAGGUCUUGAUAAGAUACCUGGGCUGGCUUUGAACUCACUUUGUAGCCCAGCAUGGUUUUAAAUUAAUAAUCCUCCUGCCUCAGACUAUUGGAGGGCUGUGAUCUCAGGCAUGUAGCCUCAACAUAGGUGACCUACCCUUUUAGAUUUCUAUAGGCAUUCCAUGUGUAACAUGAAUAAUAAAUUAC